CUUCUGUCGCCAGGCCAAAUCACGGCUUUUAUUUCAGCUUCACUUUAACACACAACCAGUAGCACAGGCUGGCUAUCCAGGGAUGGCCUUCCCGCGGCUCCUCGUCGUUUCCUUGGUACUCUACCUUUCACUAGGCCACGCCGACAGCACGACCGAGAUACGAUUCGAAAACACAGACGAAUACACCAGCGCUAUCGACCCGAAACAAUGUCCCGGGGACUGCGCCGGCAGCCUCUCGAGCCAGUUCAAGACGGCCGCCAGCCACGGCUGCGACCCCGCCAACGCGUUUCCCUGCAUCUGCGGCAACGCCACAGCGUCGUCGCUCCUCCGCGACAGCAUCUGGGACAGCUGCUACUCGGGCUGCGGGCUCGCCGCCGCGUAUCCCGCGACCAGCAUCCUGCUGGGAUACUGCGUGUCCAACAGCAGGCAACUGCAAGAGCCAGCCACCAACACGGCCGCCACCACCACAGCGGCCGGAGAGAUCUUCCUGCAGGACACGGACGCGUUCGCCGCGGUGAUGAGCAGCAACCCGGGCGGGUGCGCCGCGCCGGCGGCCGCGUCGCUGACCAAGUCGUUCAAGCGCGCGCACGGCGCGGCCUGCGAUCCCGCCGACAGCUUCGCGUGCCUGUGUGGCAACGCCACCGCGUCGGCGCAGCUGUUCGACGCCAUCUCCGCCGCCGUCUACCAGGGCUGCGGCGGCCCCGAGCUCGCCCAGCAGGCCGCGAGCCUCCUGCCGGCGUACUGCGCGGCGAAUUCUGUCAGGGUCGGGCUGGCCAGCCCGGCGGCGAAUACUGCGUCGACGACGACGACGGGGACGGGGACGGGGACAGGGACAGGGACGGGGACAGGGGCAGGGACGCAGGAGACGGGCCGGGGGUCUGCGUCGCUUAGCACGUCGAGUAGUACUGCGCCGGCUACGGGGUUGCUGGAUCCAGUGCCGGUCAGCGGCGGGCUCAGCGCGGACGGGCGGGCGGGGGUCAUUGUCGGGGCCAUAUUUGGCGGGCUGGGGCUGGUCGCGGCGGUGGCUGUGCCGCUUUAUGUACACAGGAGACGGACAAAUGCGGAGAGGGAAACUAUCUCAUAGGUUGCACGGGUUUGGAUGGUCUUUUGUCGUUCGUUGGUUUUUAUGUUCAUCUGUUUCGAUUUGCAUAGCGAGCUGUCUGGUGGAGUAAACGCAUUUCAUUGCUGGCUGUUUGGGGUUUAUCAGAUACAAUUGGAGAAAGAUUUAUCUAGUGCGGCGAAUUGGAUCUGCACGUUGAAGGUUUCGAGCAUCUUCGGAGAGAAUAUUUCGUGGGCUUCGACUCCGAAGUCUGUCAUCGGGGAUCCAGGGUACGCAGGCGGAAAAACAAAUCCAGUGGAAUUUUUACAGCGUUCUUCAAUUUCGCUAGAAACUCGCUAGAAUGAGGCCAGUU